AUGGAUGUCCUUAUGGAGAUAAAGCGGGAUCCCAUGUACCGAAAACCCAGGCCAGUACUUGUGAAUCCAAAUUCACCAUAUGCCGAUCAGUAUUGUGCUUUCCACGAUACCACCGGGUACCGCACCGAAGCUUGCAUCACCCUGAGAAUCUUGAUAGAACGCUUCAUAGAGAAUGGGAAGCUUAAUGACCGAGAAAGAGAUCGGGAAAGGGCCAGGGAGCCAGAGCGUAGGCCAGAUCAUCAGGUUGUCCGAGAAAGAAGCAGGAGCCGAGCCCGACCAGCACCACAGGGGAACCUUCCGGAGAUACACACAAUUUUUGGGGGAUUCAGAGGAGGAGGAGAGUCCAGCUCGGCUCGGAAGGCAUAUGCAAGGCAGAUGAAGGACUUCGAAGUAUACUCGGUAGAGAAGCCUCCGAAAUCCCAGAAAAGUGAGAAUCAGGUAAUCGGGUUCUUGGACGAUGAUUAUGCGGGGGUAUCCUUUCCACAUACCGAUGCUUUGGUUUUGAGCUUAGCCAUUGCCAACCACAAGAUACAUCGCAUCCUUAUUGACACUGGGAGCUUGGCUGACAUCCUUUAUAGGUCAGCCUUUGAGCUCAUGAAAAUAGACCGAAGGAAAAUGGUUCCGGCUAGACACUCACUAGUGGGAUUCACGGGAGAACAGGUGCUCCCUCUCGGGUCGAUAGAGCUCCUGGUAAUGGCAAGGGUAUACCCGAGGCAAAGGACAAUAAUGGUCAAGUUCCUAAUAAUAGAUCGACCUUCGGCUUACAACGCCAUCCUCGGAAGAACGGCUCUCAAUGAGCUCAAAGUUGUCACCUCAAACCCCCACCUGAGCAUGAAAUUCCCUACCGAGGAAGGGGUCGGCGUUGAAAAAGGGAAUCAACGAAUGGCGCAGGAAUGCUACAACACGAGCUUGAAAAAGCUCAUUGAAGCUGUGGGUCUCGGAGAGCGGACCAAAAAAAAUGGAAAAUAG